CGCCCGACACGCCUGCACGUGGCGAGAAAGGGGCGGUGCGCGCUUGGAGUCCACAGCUGAGCGGAGCUGUCGGCGUGCCUGCCUCCUGCCGCGGUCCUCCCGACAUGCCGGAGGAGGCGGGCCUCCCGCCCGCCAAGAGAUUCCGGCCGGGCUCCUGCCCUCCCGGGAGGCGAGUAGUAAUGCUGUUGACGGCUGGCGGCGGCGGCGGAGCAGGAGGAGGCCGGAGGCAGACGCCGCCGCUGGCCCAGCCUUCGGCUAGUCCUUACCGCGAGGCCCUGGAGCUGCAGCGCCGGAGUCUGCCCAUCUUCCGGGCGCGAGGGCAGCUAUUGGCUCAGCUCCGAAACUUGGACAACGCGGUCCUCAUCGGGGAAACUGGCUCUGGGAAAACAACUCAGAUCCCACAGUACCUCUAUGAAGGGGGAAUUAGCCACCAGGGCAUCAUUGCUGUGACCCAGCCCCGUCGAGUGGCUGCCAUCUCCCUUGCUACCAGAGUCUCAGAUGAGAAGAGGACUGAACUCGGGAAGCUGGUUGGCUAUACAGUACGCUUUGAGGAUGUCACCUCAGAAGACACCAGGAUCAAGUUCCUGACAGAUGGCAUGCUUCUGCGUGAAGCAAUUUCAGACUCCUUGCUUCGGAAGUACAGCUGUGUCAUUUUGGACGAGGCUCAUGAGCGGACUAUCCACACAGAUGUCCUCUUUGGAGUGGUGAAGACUGCACAGAAGAGGCGAAAGGAGCUAAGGAAACUGCCUCUCAAAGUGAUUGUGAUGUCAGCUACCAUGGACGUUGACCUGUUUUCUCAGUAUUUCAAUGGAGCCCCUGUCCUCUACCUUGAGGGUCGGCAGUAUCCGAUCCAGAUCUUCUAUACCAAACAGCCUCAGCAGGAUUACCUGCAUGCAGCUCUUGUCUCAGUCUUCCAGAUCCACCAGGAAGCUCCCUCUUCUCAGGACAUCCUGGUGUUCCUCACUGGUCAGGAGGAGAUCGAAGCAAUGAGCAAGACCUGCCGAGACAUUGCAAAGCACCUCCCCGACGGCUGCCCUUCAAUGCUCGUCCUUCCUCUGUACGCCUCCCUGCCAUAUUCACAGCAACUUCGAGUCUUUCAAGGGGCCCCAAAGGGCUAUCGCAAAGUGAUCAUUUCAACCAACAUCGCUGAAACCUCCAUAACCAUUACAGGAAUAAAAUAUGUAGUUGACACGGGCAUGGUUAAAGCAAAGAAGUAUAACCCUGACAGUGGUCUUGAGGUACUAGCUGUACAGCGAGUAUCAAAGACACAGGCCUGGCAGCGCACAGGCAGAGCUGGACGAGAGGACAGUGGCAUCUGCUACCGACUCUACACUGAAGAUGAGUUUGAGAAGUUUGAGAAGAUGACGGUGCCAGAGAUCCAGAGGUGUAACCUGGCAAGUGUGAUACUUCAGCUUCUAGCAAUGAAAGUUCCAAAUGUGCUCACCUUUGACUUCAUGUCCAAACCAUCUCCAGAUCACAUCGAGGCGGCCAUUGCCCAACUGGACCUGUUAGGUGCUCUUGAACAUAAGGAUGACCAGCUUACCCUGACUCCAAUUGGAAGAAAGAUGGCAGCAUUUCCUUUAGAGCCCAAAUUUGCCAAAACUAUCCUCCUGUCCUCCAAAUUCCACUGUACAGAAGAGAUUCUGACCAUAGUCUCCCUGCUGUCUGUGGACAGUGUCCUUUACAACCCUCCUGCCCGGAGAGAUGAGGUGCAGAGUGUCCGGAAGAAGUUCAUAUCCAGUGAAGGGGAUCACAUCACCCUGCUCAAUAUCUACCGAACCUUCAAAAACAUUGGGGGGAAUAAGGACUGGUGCAAAGAGAAUUUUGUCAACAGCAAGAAUAUGCUGCUAGUAGCUGAAGUCAGAGCACAGCUGAGGGAAAUCUGCUUAAAGAUGUCAAUGCCAAUUGUGUCAUCUCGAGGGGACAUGGAGAGUGUCCGCCGUUGCCUGGCUCACAGCCUCUUUAUGAGUACUGCUGAACUCCAGACAGAUGGCACCUAUGCCACCACGGACACACAUCAGCCAGUGGCCAUCCACCCGUCAUCUGUCCUCUUCCACUGCAAGCCUGCCUGCGUGGUAUACACUUCACUGCUCUACACCAACAAAUGCUACAUGCGAGACCUCUGUGUUGUGGAUGCUGAGUGGCUCUAUGAUGCUGCCCCUGACUACUUCAGGAGGAAGCUGAGAACAGCCAGAAACUGAGCCAUCCCAGGAUGCUGCCAGCACAGCUGGGCCUGGAGUUCAGAUCACAGCUGUCUUCCAAACAGACUCAGAAGCUUGCAGCCAGACUUUCCGACUUCAAGAGCUUAAAAGUUUGUUGAAACUUCUCAGACUCAACCAUCCUGACAUGAUCAUACUUACACCAUGAGAAACCAAGGCUUGUGCUUCGGGUUUGACUAGGCAGUUUUGGUGACUGAGUUAACUUCUGAGCCUCAGUUUCCUCAUAUGCCAGAGAGGGAUAAGACCUACAAGAUCAGCGUAAUGAAGUUUAGAGAGAAUGAGCAGAGCCUUACCCAGAGAUUUGCCUGGUACAAGAUAAGGCAAUCAGUGACUUGUGAGCCAUUGUGCUUAUGAUACUAAUUAGGUACAGCACCGCCCCUUGAGCUCUUGUGACUGGGAGAGGAGCCAUAGGAGACUACAGAUCCAGUUUGUUGAAAUGUCUCUCCCCCUUCUUACUCCCUGUCCUGUGGAUCCCAGGGCCUCAUGCAUGCUAUGCAAAACACUUUGCCACUGAGCCAGUCCCCAGCCCUCACUUCUACUUUAAUGUCUACCUGUAUGUCUUUUAAAUAGAAAAUGCAAAAUUUUCUGUUUUGGAAAACUCCCACAGGCAGUUCCAGAAUAAGGUGUAUUCUGACAUGUUGACUCUUAUGGCUUAGGGUGUAGCACAUAAUCUUGUCCGUCUCUCCAAGCAGAGACCAGCAAGGAGUUCCUUGGUUGGUCUCCAGUGCCUCUGUGGUUGCAUGUCCCCAACAGUGCUUUCAGGAGAUUAACAGGUUUCCUGAAACUAGGAAGCCAACUUUUCAGUCCAGUGGCCUUCUGAAGCCCCGUGGUAAUUUUCUCUUUAACUGAGCACCUAUGAAUGUGUGCACAUGAGGGAAGAGUCAUACCUUUUUCAAGUCUGUUCGAGUCAGAGCUGCUAGAUGGGAAGGAGGAAGUAGACAGGUGCUCAGUGGUUCAGAAGCCAGAGUAUCAGUUUGUCCUUUCUCCUACACCUACUCCUAGUUUGGGUUUUUGGUUUGUUUUUUUCUUGAGGGGUAAACCACUCGAGACAGGGUUUCUCUGUGUAGCCCUGCCUGCUGUGAAACUCGCUCUAUAGACCACACUGGCCUCAAACCCAGAGAUCAGCCUGCCUUUCUCGUCCAAGUGCUGGGAUUGAAGGCAUGCAUCACCACCUGGCCAGUCUUUAUAUUUUUGAUGUACUAAUUUUCAGUGGUCUGUCUUCUUUUCGGAGACCUGGGGACAAUGAGCUUUGCUACUUCCUAACCAGUCACCACUCUCAAACUUUCAUUAUCUGCAUUUGUUAGAGGGAAUUAGAGAAGCCUGUACAUCCUUUUCCCCAUUGGAAAAGAUUCAUCUUAGCUGAUUAUUAGGAGCAGACAUUCCCCAGUUUGGUAGUACAUACCUAUAAUCAAUAUCAGCUGAGAUGGGAGGGCUUGCAAGUUCUAGUCCAGCCUGGGCUAGGCCUUGUAUCUAAGUGAAGGAAGGGAAGGAACACACUUAAACAGAGACUGUUUGAACAUAGAAGGAAAAAAAUUUCUUAGCCCUUUUAUUGUGCUUAAUUGAUCCAAACACAUCUGUACUGCUAGGAUUUUCUCAUUCAUACAAUGAAUUGUAUUGUUUAUAAGCAAUGGGCCAAACUGUCUUCAAGGCACUUUGAAGACACAGGGCAGUUUCUUUGAGUCUAACAAGCUCUUUCCAGAGAGCAUAGCGUGACUGGCCACUUCCAUUGCCAGGAUCUCAUUGAUUCGCAGCUUUGUCUGUUGAGUCUGGUCUAGGCUUUAUUAUAACCCUAGCCAUGGGCAAUCAAGCUUUUAGCCAGUGCUUAGGGUUGUCUGGGUACUUGUGACUAUUUUGAUAAAAUGGUCACAUUAUCAACUUUCUGAAAUGCUCUCAAGAAUGUGCUUUCUUUUUAAGUGUAUUUUUUGUAUUUAUGCAAGGUAAAUUUAUGCCUUGCUAGGUAAGAGGAACUUUUGUACUUUUAAAAGGACAUUCAUUAUGCUCGUUAAAAAAAACAAGGAGGAGGCAAUAUAUUCCUCAGCAGUGACCAGUCUUUGCUCCUUAGUAAACUAAUGAGGUGGUUUCUGGGUCAGGGGAAAGUAGCCUGCAGUGACUGGCUCCAGGAUGAGGCCUAGGACCUUAACCUGGAGAGACUGCUGCAGAGGACUGGGACUUCCAGAAAAAGGAGUGAAGAAUACAGUUUCUAAGUACCUAAUGUUUCUGUACAGAAAUAUGUUUAUCACUCUAACAUUGUGGGAGAAUUUUAAUAGAGUAUUUAGUUUUUUACUAAGCUUUUUAAAAAUUUUUCAACACAGCUGCUCAGGGAUUACAUGAGGUGGCAGCCCCGUUCUGACUCCACGGAUCACUGCAAAGAGGUUAAUGCUUAUCUUAAGCUGAUGGGACAGCACUCUACAAGCUUUCUUAAGAAAGUGAAGUGUUUUGUGAUUUUACUGCAGUACAACCUGAGCUGCUUUUCCAGUUGGCAAACUCUCUCCAACCUAAAGACUCCAGCCUGGACAGGAUAGCCUCCAACAAGCAGAGGAACUUCCACAACAGUCCUGCAUGCUGCAGGUGUUUAUCUUCUCUGUAACUGUGGCCUGCAACACCCAGGACAACAGUUUCAUUACCAGGUCCCCUGGGAGAACCUUUGCAUCUCUUGUAACAAGAUUUCAAAACAGAGCAGAAUAUUUACUGUGACACAAAUCCUUGUACUCCAGCUACCAGGAUAUGUUUGGAAUUGUGGCCAUGCAUCUAAGAUGCCAUUCCUUGAGCACAUAAGCUAGGCUGUACCUGUGGGGAAAUAAUUUUAUAUCGAUUGCUGUAGUGUAGAAAAAUAACAAGCUGAUUUGGACUUGUACUGUAUUCUCUCUGAUCUCAAACAUAAAAGAACAGUUCUAGUAUACAAUGCUCAAAAUCUGCUUUUGACUAUCAAAUCCAUAAAAACUGAAUCUUGUAUAUGA